AUGACUGUAGCAGCGUACGAAGCCGCGCUGUGGCCGCUGCGUCGCACCAGCCAGCAUGUGCUCGUGGGCACGCUUCGGUGCGGCCUCACGUCUGCGACGACGGCGGCCGUGGGCCGCGCUCCCUUCUCCGUCGCCGACGUCGCCGCGUGGUCGACAUUGCUGCCCGAGAUCCUCGACAAAGCAGCGACCGCGCUCUGCCUCCAGGCCUCGCCCGCCAUGGCAUUGGACGUCGUCGAGUCCCAUUUCAGCGUCGCCAGCGUCGGUACCAGCAACGACGUGACGCCGGCGAUGGACGCAGGAGCCAUCGGCACGCUUCUUGUCGUGCUGCCAUCGGCGUACACCGGUGGCUCGCUUGCGUGGACGCUCGGCGCGACGACGACGACGCUCGAGCCAACGACAGAGGUGUGCUACGCCGUUGUACCGCUCGGUGCGGUGUCGGUGUCGGCGCCGAUCACGUCCGGCACCCGGCUCGUCCUUGUGUUUGACAUUGUGCGCCGGCAUCCGAGCACGCGUGCGAUCUUGCUCUCGAGCCGCGAGGGCAUGCUCGCCGAGCUGACGCGCAUUGCGUCGACGCCAAUGCUCCAGGACCAGCGCAUUGCGCACGUCCUCACGGAUCCGGUCCUCGCAUUCGAGACGCUCGGCCCCGCUGACGCUGCCAUCGUCGACGUGCUUCUGGCCACGCAGCGCUUCGACGUCGCCCUCGUUGAAGUCGAAGUAUUCAUCCGCAGCUGCCACCCGCACCCGUCGUGUAAGAUCCCCGACGUGGUCGUCACCAGCCUUGUCGGGAAAGGUGCCCAUCGCUUCCUUGGGGACGAGACCGAGUCGAUCUUCGAACCAAAGGUCGCGCUCCUCUUUUGGCCAACGCAGUACCGCGCCGGCAUUGUCGGCUUGGCCGCCGCGGUGCUAAGCGCCGAGCCCACAUCUUCUUCGUAUCUCGGUCUCGGUAGCGUCCGCGACCUCCUUCUCGGCACAUUGGGCAUCUUCGCGCGCGCCGUGCUACCUGCAAGCGAAGAGCAUCGUCCGUUCGCCUUUCUGCCGCAUCUAUGUCAUCGCCUCUUGGCGUAUGGCGAUACCGAUCUCAUCGACGUCUUUGUCUCGGAUGUACUCGGGUCGGCGCUCCGGUACUACUCGCCGCCAAGUCUGACGACGCUCGCGGAGCUCGUCCGCAUCUGCUUGACGUCGCAGGGAUGGCAUCGGCUCGGUGGCGCCGUCCAGCGACUCGUGGCUCGCUGGGCUGAGCGCAACAGCUGGCUGGACCUGCCGAGAGCGUGCCAGCUUCUCGCAAGCUUCGCCGGGGUCACCAACGACCCGCUCUGCGCUGCCCUCGACGUCCCGUUCGUCGGCGAAUGCAUGAAAGUGUGUUUUGAUGUCAUCUGCACGCGUCCGGCCAACGAACUCUACACUUCGCGAGAUGUUGGCGCGAGCUGCAUCCUCUUGGAUAUGUACCUCGAUGCGCUCACGACCUCCACCACCGGCAACGCGCAUGCAAAGGCCAACUGGCUCGAUGGCCGCGUACCGCUACCGGUCAUUGCGAUCAUCGACGACUACCUCUACGUGCGCCAACACCGCGUCUCCACGUUGCUUCGGCAGUGCACCUCCGACGUCGAUACGCUUCGAUGGGUGCCGGCGGCCGUGCUGCAAGCGCUCAAGUUGAAGCCAGCGUUGGCCGUCGAGGUAUACGUGGACGCUAUCGUGUCGGCCCUCGACACUGCCGCCGCGCGCAGCGACGGGAUCGGGCGAACCUACCGCUACCAUCUGGACCCAAACAACCUCCGCGACAUCCUCUCGUGUACGACCCAUCGCUGCAGUCGACGACUCCUCGACGCCUACUUCGCAGUCGGCGGCGUGGCGACCGUCCAUGUCGUCUUCGAGCUUGUUCAGCGUCAAGUGCUCGCGCCAUCCAGGCACGAUAUUGUCGCUGGGUGGGCGCUAUCCGUCGCGCGGGUGCUCAUCGCCAGCGACUACCGAAACGACGUGCGCGCAGUUGUGGCUGUGACCUUGACCAAGCUUCUUGCGAUCGUGGCCCCCGAGGCGGUGGCAGGGUUCCUCACGUCGUGGGCGGCAGCUCUUCCGGCGACGCUUCGCGCGCACCGGGACCAUUUGUACGCCGCUUUGGAGCAGCUGCAUGCUCUACUCGACGCCAAGCACCGCCCCAUUUUCGUGCAACUGGCGGCUAUGUGUCAGGACGCACUCGUUGCGGGCGGCGCGCUGGACCCGAUACCCGACUUGCCCGACUUUGUCUACGAUGACAUUCCGGUCGACCGCCUCCACUGCCGCCACUGCGCGGCGUUUGCCGCCUUUUUGGCCGACGGCGCCAAGACCAAGAUCAACGCGUUGCAUUUCGUCUGCCGUCUCAUGCACAACAUCAUCGACGCCAACGCUGAUCGACUCGAGAAGGACCGUCGACGAGUCGUCACCAAGGUGCCCCAACCAGGGCACGCCACGCUGCGCGACCUUACUUUGCACCGCCAGCAGCAAAGUCAACGCGCCGCUGAUCGCAAGAUGGUGACGGCGCUCCGGGCGUGGAUCGCUGGACCCUCGACCGGUGUCACCAUCGCGUGA